UCCUGAGACGGGUGCUGACGGUGAGCUUAGACUUGCAGGCAAACAGGAAGCAGCAAGUUUGCCCCAUCUUUCUUGCUCAGGAAAUGGACACAAGCCCUGGGCAACAGGCAGCUGUUGGCGCCAGCAGGAGAGGCAUGGAUCCUGCCCGCAGGAGGCCCGCAUUGCUCAACCCUUUACAAACAAGAUGAGGGCUUAGCCUAACUGGACCUUUUUGGACGUUUUCAUGGUGAACGCCAGAAUGGAGCCUUCUGGAUCCUCCAGUCCUUCGGACCUAAUAGACUUUCUGACUGAUUUAGGAGUAAGAGACGUGACCUGUGAAACUGGAGACAGCUUAGGAGGGGCGGGUGGCCUGCUGACACCUUUAGAAACCCCCCAGACUGAAACCAUGACUCCCCUUCCAUUCUUGGGCCUGGAAGACAUAGACCUUCUCCAGGGAAGCUUGGAGGGCGCUGGCUGGAGCAGAGGUGAAACACCCUCCGUGAAGCCUUCUCCCCCGCUGGCCCAGAGCCGUGCUGAGGAAUUCCACCCUGGAACUUCCCCUGCUUCAGAGGGCCUGGAGAUUGUGCAGCCUAGGAGGGAAGCAUCUCAGCAGCCACCGGAAAACCCCAACAGCCUGGACGACAGCAGCAACGAUGCCACAAAUGCUCUCUUCUGGGCCAGCAUCCUCCAAGCCCAGCUGUGCGUCCUGGACCUGCAAGGGGAGAUCGACCGGCAGAAGGAGCCACUUAGGAGUUCCUCCCUUAGCCCUGAGAAGGCGCUGGGGACGCCCCCCUCGCAGGACUCGGCCACCUCCUAUGAGCCUUCGCUCCUGGAGAGCGAUAGUGGGGAGGAGCCGGAGGAAGACUCAGAGAGGCAGGAGGAGGAGGAUGAAGGCUCACUGGAGGAGGAAGAGGAAGAAGAGGAGGAGGUGGAAUGCUUGUUUUACGACAACCCGCUCUUUUGCGCCAGUCCAAGGACCACCAGCUCCGAAGGACCAGCUCUCUUGGGCCAUAUGGAACAAAAAGCCUUCAAGGAAGAUGGGGAAGGAAUCCCCACCUGCGGUCUGACCUCUAGGGAUUGUGCCCACGGCCUGCCGGGCCAGACAAGUGUGGCAGUGAGCCUUGCGGCCACGGACUCCGAGCCUGCGCCUGAGCCAGAUCCUGGCGGUGACCCGUCCCCAGGCCCUUACCCAAGCUACGUGCCUCAUUACCGCUCCUUGUCGCCCCUGUUGAUCACGGAAGGGGAGCUGGAAAGUGCCUGCCCUGUGGAAGAGGAGGAGAGGGAGCUGCCUCAUUCCCUUGCUGCCUUGUCGGACGCGUCAAAGGAGGUCCAAGGCUUCUCCCCAGACCAGUCGGACCACAGCCCCUGCAGCAGUGAUUUGCACCGGAUGACUCCCCCAGGCGUUGACUUGCCAUCCCAGGAAGGCCUGCUGUUUUCCACCUGCAACACCUCCCUGGUGACUGCUUUGCUGCAAGACCCUCUGCAGAGCCACCCUGACUCAGAGCCUCCGCCUCCUGCGGAGACCAGCUGGGCUUCUUCCAGCUUCCGGGUCCUCUCGGCUACUGCUGCAGAGCAGAGCCGGUGGCAGGAGGAGCACAAGCCACAAGCCCCAUCCCGUGGCCACCCAUUGCCUUCGUGCGCAUGGGUGGAGGAGCCCAGAAGGACUUCCUGCCUGCAGGAGGAACUUGCUGCGGCAGAUUUGCACUCGGCCUCCCUCGGCGGUGGUGUGGAAGGGAAGCUGGAGAGCUCAGCGGAGGGUCUCGAGAUGGUGCCCGUCGUGGAUGGAGAUGAAACCUUGGAAGAGGAGGAUGGCGAGGACGAAGAAGAGACACCGGCUGUACACCGCCCUGAAGAGCCACCCUCUGGGAAGGGCACCGACUCAGGGGAGGAGACGCCACCCGCCAAGGAGCAGGCAGAGCCCAACGGCAUCCUCCACGCCAACGGCAGCGCCCCCCCUGCAGACCAGGCCGCUGCGAUGAGGCUGGCAACGCGGCUCUACCACCUGGAUGGCUUCAAGAGGUCGCAGGUGGCCUCUUUUCUCCGGAAGAACAACGAUUUCAGCCGGCUGGUGAGAGAAGCUUACCUCUCUUUCUUCCAAUUCAGCGGACAGACUCUGGACCAAGCGCUGAGGUGCUUCCUGAAGGCGUUUGUGCUCACCGGGGAGACUCAGGAGCGGGAGCGGAUCCUGCGGCAUUUCUCCCAGCGCUAUCACAGCUGCAACCCCGAGGUCUGCUUCAGCCCAGAUGCUGUGCACACCCUCACCUGUGCCAUCAUGCUCCUCAACACUGACCUGCAUGGGCAGAAUAUCGGGCGGAGCAUGACCUGCCAGGAUUUCCUCGCCAACCUCGACGGGCUGAACGAUGAUGGCAGGAACUUCCCCAAAGAGCACCUGAAGGAGCUAUAUCAUUCCAUCCGCCAAGAGAAACUGGAAUGGGCUGCGGAUGAUGAGGAGGAGAAGGCACCCGGCGCCAUGCUGCUCUCCCCUUCAGCAUCCGGCCAGAAGAAAGCCAACCCUUUCCUGACUCUUUCGCACGACCCCGAGGCGAAAACCUACCGGCAGGGCCUACUGGCACGCAAAGUCCACGCGGAGGCCGAUGGCAAGAAGACGCCCUGGGGCAAGAGAGGCUGGAAGAUGUUUCAUACGGUGCUGAAGGGAAUGGUUCUCUACUUCUCCAAGGAUGAGAGCCGGCCAGACGCCUCUGCCUCAGAGGAGCCCAUCGGAGUGCACCACGCCUUGGCCGAGAAGGCCAGCAAGUAUACCAAGCGGGCCCACGUCUUCCGGUUGCAGACGGCCGACUGGCGCAUCUUCCUCUUCCAAGCCCCGACCGCAGCAGAAAUGAGUUCCUGGGUUGCCCGCAUAAACCUGGUGGCUGCCAUGUUCUCCUCGCCACCCUUCCCAGCAGCUGUGGGCUCCCAGAGGAAGUUCAUCCGGCCAGUUCUACCGACGGCACCUUCCAAGAACUCCCUGGAGGACCAGCACUUUUCCCAUGAGUCCUGGAUGGACCAGGUGUCAGACGACCUCUUGGACCACCAGCGGAACCUGCCCAGCAAGCGUGGCCGGGGCCGAGACCUGGAAGAGUAUCAACUCAAGAAGGAAUAUUUGCUCUACGAGAAGCGCCGCUACGAGACCUACGUGAGGCUGCUGGAGGUGAAGCUGGCCGGCGAAGACACGGAGGACCUUGAGCAGUGGGAGGUCCGGCUGGGGGAGGCAGGCGAGUUGCCGGCCGAGGAGGGCGGCUCGUCCCUGCAGAAGUCCCACUCCAGCCCCUCCCUGAACGUGGACGGGCCGCCUGCGGGGGUCAAGGUGAAGCGGAACAUUUCUGAGCGCCGGACAGUACGCAAAAUCAUUCCCAGGCGCAACAAGCACUUGCUGUGAGGGCCCCCCACCCACCUUCCAGCGCCGCUGCCGCCGCCCUCCCUAGGGAUGGGACGCCCUUCUCCCUUUCCCUCACCCAUCCCUUUGGGUGUCGGCCUUCGAAGCCCAAAGUGGACACAAGGUACGAAAGGAGGAGCGCUGCUCUCCGAAUCGGCGCUUGCAGUAUUUGGACUCCAGGUGGCGCCACGUCUCAAGAAACAGAUGGGCAGAGGCUGUUGGGGGGGGUGUGCUG